CAAGACCAAAGCGCUCGAAGAUUCACCUCGUCUGGAUCCGAAAUUGCAACAUGAACCUCCUCAGUGUGCUGUCCUGCCUCUGCCUGGCACUGACCAGUGCCGCCGCCCAGGCGCCAAAACCCUGUGUUUCUCCAGAACUGAUGACUGGAAGCUUCACCCUGAUGGAUGCCGGCGGACUCUAUGUCUCCACAGGAGCUGUGAGCUAUGAUGCCCUCGGUCAGAGGAUGCGGGUUAGAAACAUUCCGCUGGUCGGCAAUCAGACUUUUAAGAUGGACCUGCUGAUCCUGUUUAAUGAGAAAGUCUACUACGAGAUCGACUGGAGCAAAUUAUCUUGCAAGAAGAAAGCACUGGAUACCACCUUCAUUCCCAUGCAGGUUCCUUCGGAUGCCAAACUGAUGGGUCAGGUCUUCAUGGGCUCCUCUUCCUACUGGGGAGCGGGUGUGCUGACCAACACCUGGUAUGGAGAACUGCCACAGAACGGCCAGUACUCGGCUGUCUUCACUGAGAUCGGCUGCGUCCCUGUGACCUGGUCCAUCUACACUCCAGCGUCUGGAUGGGUCGCGCUCAGCACCUACAACUGGGUCUUUGGCAACACAAACCCGAUGGACUACAGCCCUCCUUUCUUCUGUGGCCAGUCUGAACUGGAGGCCAUCGAGAAACCGCAUACCUUCUUUACUGCCUUGCAGUCUCUGGCCAAGCAGACCAAGGAACAUGAGAAAACAUCUGGAGCAUCUCACUAAAACAAGCAGAUCUAAAUGUGACUCCAAUCAAAAUCAACGUUUGCCUUUUAGAUAUAAUCAUGACAACUGCUAACCUGAUUGACAACACGAGUCGCAGCGAUGGAUGUGAACAACAUUUGAUACAGAACAGUUUGAUAAAACACCUUUGAAGAACUGCGUAUGUAGCUACAUUCCUGCUUUGUUUUCUAUCCCUGUCACCCUCUUCAAUAAUCUCCAUCUCCGUCUCUGUGACUUCAGAAUAAAAGCAGUGUCACAUA